AUGCUCCUCCCCCGCCGCGCCCUACUUCUGGCCGCCGCCGCCGCCGCCGCCGCCGCCACUGCCGCCGCCACCGCCACCGCCGGCGAGCACGACCAGCAAGAUCUCGUCGCGGCCGGCCGCCGCGGGCUGCUCAAGCGGCGCCAGGUCCCCGCCGACCCGACGGGCGUGCAGGAGGUGGUGUCGCCCGGCGGCGCAAAGGUCACGUACAAGCAGCCGGGCAAGCAGGGCGUGUGCGAGACGGCCGAGGGCGUCGACGACUACGCCGGGUACAUUUCGCUGAACGAGAAGUACAAUGUGUUUUAUUGGUUCUUCGAGGCGCGGGAGGAUCCGACGGGGAAGCCGCUCACACUUUGGCUCAACGGCGGUCCGGGAUCGGAUUCGUUGAUUGGGUUGUUUCAAGAGCACGGUCCUUGCAAUGUGACCGAGGACCUGAAAACGCAAUGGAACCCAUACUCGUGGAACGAAGAGUCCAACAUGCUCUACCUCUCUCAGCCCGUCGGAGUAGGUUUCUCGUACGAGACGACGGAAGUGACGGAAGACGGCCGGUACUCGAUUGUCGACCCGGACACGACCAACACCACAUACGCCGCGGCUGUCGGUGCGUGGGAGCUCAUUCAGACGUUCCUGGAGCUUUCUGAGAGACUGGACCCGGACAUCUCGAACCGCACCUUCAACCUCUGGACCGAGUCGUACGGUGGUCACUAUGGCCCCACCUUUUACAGGUACUUCUACGAGCAAAGCGAAGCGAUCAAGGAUGGUAGUGCCGACGGCUAUCCUCUCCAGAUGGACAGUCUCGGCAUCAUCAAUGGCAUCAUUGACGAGGCAAUCCAAGCGCCGUACUACCCUGAAAUGGCUGUCAACAACACCUAUGGCAUCAAGGCCGUUGAUGACACCAUCUACAGCCAGAUGAAAGAUGCGUACUACCGCGAAGGCGGAUGCGCUGACCAAGUCGCAGCUUGUGCUGCGGCCGACCGCACCACGAAUGAAGGCUGGACCAUCUGCCGAGAAGCGACCAGCUUCUGCCGCAACGAAGUCGAAGAGCCUUACUACGUCUACGGCAACCGCGGCGUCUACGACAUCCGGCAUCCGUACGAUGACCCCACGCCGCCCGACUACUUUGUCGACUUCCUCAACCUCGCCUCGACACAGGAAGCGCUCGGCGUCAACAUCAACUACACAACCACCAACUCGCGCUACGUCAACGCCGGCUUCCAAUCCACCGGCGACUUCGUCUUCCCGGACUUCAAGGCCGACCUCGAGUGGAUCCUCGCGCAGAACGUGCGCGUCGCGCUGCAGUACGGCGACGCGGACUACAUCUGCAACUGGCUUGGCGGCGAGGCCGUGUCGCUGGCCGUCGAGUACGAAGACUCGGAGGCCUUCCGCGCAGCGGGAUACGCGCCGCUGCUGGUGGACGGGACCGAGUACGGCGUGGUGCGCCAGUACGGCAACUUCAGCUUCACCCGCCUGUACGACGCCGGCCACGAGACUCCCUACUACCAGCCCGUCGCCACCCUCGAGUUCUUCCGCCGCGUCCUGGGCGAUCUCGUCCUCGCGGACGGAAAGAGUCGGAUCACCGACGACUAUCAGAGCGAGGGCCCGGCGAAUGCGACGCACACGCAGCCGUAUCCGCCGCUGCCGGAUGAGACGGGCGCAGCGGCUGGGAGGAAGAUGAGGAGGGGUGGUACUUUGAGGAAGGAGGGGAGCUUGCUCCUGGAGUAG